CGGUAUUCCCUCUUUCAUGCUGCUUGCUGCUUGUGUCUGAAAUCUGGCGUCGCUGCGGAGAUGUUCGCACAGCCACCAUAACUGUUUACAUCGCAACUCCACGAGCGCGUCUAUCAUUUCAAUCAUCUUCAUUCUCAUCACCAUCAUCAUUAUUAUUAUUAUCAUUAUAUCACUUUGACCACUAUCAUUGUCAUCGCGCUUCCGCUGUGUGUGCACAAAUAUCGGAAUGUUUCACACCUUGUGUUGGUCAUGAGUGUUUGAGUGAGUGGUGCGCGUACCUUAUCAUCCCCCAAAGAGUGGAGACAGAAGAGACCAAAGAUGCUGUGGUCAGUGAUGAUCGUCGGCGUGGUGACCGUCACUGCUGUCUCGCGCCCUUCCAGUGCUUUGCACAGUGGUGAUCCUCUCGCGCAUCACGGCCGUUGCGAGCCCAUUACGAUCAAUCUCUGCAUGGACAUCCCAUACAAUGAAACCAUCAUGCCGAACCUGAUGAACCAUCAGAAACAGGAGGAUGCCGGUCAGGAGGUGCACCAGUUCGUACCACUCAUCAAGAUGAAAUGUAGUCCUGAUCUUCGAUUUUUCCUGUGCACUGUCUAUGCGCCGGUCUGCACAAUUAUCGAGAGGGCAAUACCACCGUGCCGGUCGCUCUGUGAAAGUGCGCGUUCCGGUUGUGAGAAAAUGAUGAACAGCUUUGGAUUUGCCUGGCCGGAGGCGCUCGAUUGUGCCAAGAUGCCGGAGAACGACGGCACGGAGCUGUGCGUAGGUACUAACGAGACUACCACACCUCGGGAGCCUGUGCCAGUUUAUCCUCCGCUUCGUAUGCCAGUGGCAGAGUUCCAGCCGACUUGGAACAAUGGCUUGAAGUACGCAGGUGGCUUUGCCCUGGGUGCCAGAGACUUUGGUUUCGUCUGCCCUGUCCAAUUCAAGGUACCUCACGGAUUAGGAUAUUCCCUGAAAGUUGGUGACAAGGUGGAACCGGACUGUGGAGCGCCGUGUGAUGGCAUGUUCUUCACCGAGAGGGAGAGAAGGUUUGCAAGAGUGUGGGUUGGCACUUGGGCUACUAUUUGUGCCGUGUCGUGUUUCUUCACGUUCCUAACGUUUCUCAUCGAUACAGAUAGAUUUAGGUAUCCCGAGAGACCCAUCAUUUUCUUGUCUGUGUGUUACCUGAUGGUCGCAUUGGCUUACGUGAUCGGUUGGGCGGCGGAUAAUUCCAUAGCUUGCAGAGAGCCGUUUCCGCCACCCAUGAGCAUGCAAAUAAGAAUGGCCUCCACGAUCACUCAGGGUACCAAACAUGAACUGUGCACUGUGCUCUUCAUGGUCCUCUACUUCUUCGGCAUGGCGUCGAGCAUUUGGUGGGUUAUCCUCACUCUCACGUGGUUUCUGGCGGCAGGAUUAAAAUGGGGACACGAAGCGAUUGAAACUAAUUCGCAAUACUUCCAUCUGGCUGCCUGGGCUGCGCCGGCCGUGAAGACUGUUACUAUCUUGGCGAUGGGAAAAGUAGAGGGCGAUAUAUUAUCCGGGGUUUGCUACGUCGGUCUUUGGAACGUGGAAGCUCUUCGAGGUUUCGUUUUGGCACCGUUGUGUGUUUAUCUGCUGCUGGGCAUCGUGUUCCUAUUGGCAGGCUUCGUCUCGCUCUUCCGCAUUCGCACGGUGAUGAAACACGACGGCACAAAGACGGAUAAACUCGAAAAACUCAUGAUCCGUAUCGGUAUCUUCUCCGUACUCUACAUCGUACCCGCACUCAUCGUCAUCGCCUGUCUUUUCUACGAGCAGGCGUAUUUCGACCAAUGGAUGCUUACGUGGAACAUGGAGAUGUGCUCGCGACCAGGUCUGCAAUCUCUUUAUUCGCUGCCAUGUCCGAUCGGUGAACGUACCCGCGAUCUCGGUCGCAGGCCCGAAUUUGCGGUCUUCAUGAUUAAAUAUCUCAUGGCGAUGAUCGUUGGCAUCACUAGUAGUUUUUGGGUAUGGUCGAGAAAAACGCUUACUAGCUGGCAACAGUUUUUCUACCACAUACGAGGCCGUCGUGCCGAGGCCUAUGUUUAAAAGUGUAGUCGUAUUUGUCCACAUAAAGACCUAUAUAUUCCUUUUAAUUUUGAAAAAAAUCAAAAAAUUUAAGAGUGAGUAUAUAUAUAUAUGAUGAAGAAUUUUUUAAGACUUUUAACUUUUAAUUUUAUUUGAGUACGCGCGAAUAAACUAAUCUCUUUUCUCGGCAUUUUAAUGUUACACUGUAUGUUCCUUGAAGAUUAGGUUCUGUGACUAAAUAUUUGCAAAGUUAAAAAAAUAAGAGGACAAUGUUCUCCGUAAUAGAGAAAGAUGCUUAUGAUAUCGCAAGUCUCAUAAUAAUGCUAAUAUGUAAGUUCAUCAAAUAAGAUGCCCAUACAAUCAUCGACAGGCCGAUUUCUUUUGCAAAUACGUCAUUUUUCAAUGAAAAUAAUGUAAUCAGUUUUUAACAAAAAUUUUAGUCUAUUGACAUCGGCAAGGAGCUAAAAUUUCUCGUUCACUUUUUUCAUUUUAUUUAUAUAUACAUUAUUUAUUACUUUGAAUUUUUUAUAGUUUUUACAAGUCCUUAGUUUAUAGCAAUCAAAUCGAUCUGAAUCAAAGUUGCGACAACACUUGAGGUCACAUUUUCUUAUAAAUAAUUAAAAGCGCGCGUUGAUAUGCGUGCGCUGUGCCAAAUGUCUUUUUUAUUUUUCAUGUUUUCACUGUCUGAGAUUCGCAGUUCUGUAAAAUAUUUGAACUGUUGAUCAGCUUGAAAACAUACUAGAUGACAUUCGUUUUUUAGUAGUGUAAUCUCAUCCCUUUUCACGAACGAUUCACGUUUUUAUAUCAAGAUAAAAAUGCUCAAAUACCGUGGCAGCCAAUUCAAGUGUUCGAAAGCAAAGUUUCUACGACAGCUAAAUAUCCGACAUUCAGAAAUGAAUUCAGGAUAAUCUACGGAAAAAAUUCAAAUUUGCGCAUACGUUCAAUCAAAUUCGUUAUAAAAAUUAAAAUUUAAAAAUCAAUCAAUUAUAUGUAUUUUCCACCAAUCGCACAUGUUACACUGCCAAAUCUUUCUAUCCUGUUUUCAUCGAUAGAGAACUGAAAUCUAUUACGCUUAAUUUUUACAGGGCGCAUUUAGAUACUUUGCGCGUUAGGUAAAAAGACUCAUAAUAUGCGAGCAAAAACUUUUGUGGCUCUUGCUGGUUUUUUCUAUCAAUUUCUAUAUAGAUUUGUCAAGUAUCUUUUUCGACGAUAAUUCUUUCUUUUUCGCGUGACGAAUUUACUAUCGUCUGGACUAUAAUGUCAAACGUCGUAUCUCGACGGAAUCUCAACGAGAUUAACUUGUAAGAUUAACUUGUAAGAGGUGUGCUAUUUUAGAUUAACACCGACUGUAUAUAAUUAUAUACUUUUCUUAAAUUCUAUUACAUGUAUUAUAAUAUAUUUUUUAAAAAUUCUGUACAUAUAUUAUAUAUCAACGUAUUAUAUGCACAUGAUCAACACUUAUGCAAACAAAUAAAUUCGUCCAAUCGAAACUGCCGAGCUUUUGUGUAUGAAAAUUCCGUGCCACGAAUGCGAUACGCGUGAUUAUUUUGCAUAUUGUAGCACACACGGAAGAUACGAAUAUAUGAUGCAUGCGAGAUAUACAUGACGAUAUGUAAAUUUUAUGACUACUAUAUUCGUUAUAUAAUAAACGGAAGG